UGAGAUCAGAUUAGGCUUCGUAUUUGUCUCAGACAGUAUCAGGUGCCCUAGCAAGGGAUGACAAGCGCUGGAGAAUAAGUUCCACAAUCCUGUCAUUAUAAAAUCACCUCGUCGUCUCUCCCCCUACCCAAGUGUCUCUAUCUAGUAAGCUUCUCGCAGUUCAACAACCACGCAAGUUACUUUUUGAGCAUUGAUAACAACAUUUUUAUCAUACCUUCUCAAUAUCCCAAAGAGAAAAUGCCUCACAUGACUCCAUACCCACUAUGCACAGCCCUGGUUAUGCUCACAAGUCUGAUCAGUGCCUCUCUGGCAAUCGAUACUCCAGCAGCAAAGGAUUCUACCAUUUUCCGUUCUACUGUGAGCUGCCCGAGCUGCCCCGAUCGCAACUGUUAUAAAUGCACCCUCGGCCACGAUAAUACUCUGCAGGCCAACACCGGUGGUCUGGCCUACAUCCGCUCUCUCAUUGGGUUCCAACUCCCUGUCCCGGCUGCCUCUGUGAAAGCAUGUACGAUCCAAUUUCCCACCUUCACGCAACAGCUCCAGUUUCCCGUCAAUGUCACGCUAGCUCAGGCUGUAUCAUCCGAUUGGGAUGAAAGUACAGUGUCUGGGGAGAACGCUCCGGACUCAGGUGACAUCUUCACGGAGAUCCAAGUACCGGCGUAUACGAAUAUGGGACCCAUUGAUGUCACGCCAGCCUGUCAGAACGCAGAUAACGAGGGGCAGCUUUCGAUCUACCUGGGAACUCGGUUUGAUAGAAUUGAGAUUUGGUCCAAAGAUUCGGGAAAUCCGGCAAUCCUUCACAUUACUGUAUCUCCCUAGGCACUCUGUCCUCGAUCUACAUGUUACUCCGUUCAAUAUACUAUACAAUCCCUACGCUGGAGUUCACGUGAUGGGAAGGUCCAAG